CACGGACACACACACACACGCACGCACGCAUACACGCUGGUGGCGAGUUCGAGCCCCGCGGCCCCUGUCCGCCCGCGUGCGCCCCUCGACACAGCCCGCCUCCCGCCCCCUGAUUCCUGCUGCUGCCGCCCAGAGGAGAAAGGAACCUCUGCCUCGAAUUUCCCCACUGCGCCGGGCGCUACGGAGAGCGGCGAGGGUGGGCGCGAGGCGGAGAACGCGAUGAAUGAGUUCUCCCCUCGCCUCGGAGUUGUCUGAGUUGGCGGCGCUGCGCCCAGGCUUCCGGCUCUCAGCGCCCCACGCGCGCGUAGCUCCCCGGGCUGCCACCCACGCCCGCGGCCGGGGCCGAGCCAGCCACGCAGGGCAGCGGAGGCUCCGGAGCUCCUGUCCCGGCCCCAGUCCGGGUAAAACGAGGGUUGUCCCCAGCGGAGGCGCACAGCCGCGCGUUCUCCCUGCACUCUCUCCGCGGUCCCGUCUGUUCCCCAUGGCGUCUCAUCCGCAAACCCGGAUCCAGGCUUAUCUGGAGAAGAACAAGAUUGGUCCCCUGUUUGAGGAAUUAAUGACCAAGUUAAUAACUGAGACACCUGACCAGCCAAUCCCAUUUCUCAUUGACCAUCUUCAGUCUAAACAAGGGAACCGUGGACAACUUCAAAGAACUUUGUCUGGAUCUGCGGCUCUAUGGGCAGAAAGUGAAAAAUCAGAAUCCAAAGGAACAAGAAGGGAUUUCAGAAGCUAUGAUAAACCUUGGCAAUUAAAUGCAAAGAAGCCUAAAAAAUCAAAAAGUGACCUUGCUGUGUCUAAUAUUUCUCCACCAUCACCGGACUCCAAAUCAUUGCCAAGGUCAGUAGAGCAUCCAAAGUGGAACUGGAGGACUAAACCACAAAGCCGUGAUUUUGAUGAAUUGAAUCACAUCCUUCAAGAGAGCAAGAAGCUGGGGAAAGCCCUUGAGAAUCUCUCUCGAAGUAUUGCGAUUUCAGAUGAACUCGAUAAGGAAACAGUGACAUUUAAUUCUUCUCUUCUGAGGCCCCGUGUGAUUGGAGAAUGGAUUGGUAGAGAAGAAAAUGAUGCUGAUCCCCUAGCCGCUGAAAUGCUACAGCCUCCAAUUCCAAGAAGCAAAAAUGACCAAUGGGAAAGUGAAGAUAGUGGCUCUAGCCCUGCAGGAAGCUUAAAGAUGGAGCCUAAGAACAAAGGAUUAAAACAGCAGCAACAGCAACAUAAGAAACUCCUGGCCGCAAUGCUCUCUCAAGAUUCUUUUGAGACCAUCCACAGCCCUACCCCAUCUGUAACAGAAGAAGAUAUUGAUAAUGAAGAUGAUGCAAUGGAAUUGCUGGAGGAUCUUAAUGAUUUAAGAAUGGAGGGAGUAACAACCCUGGUACCUUCUGGGAGCAAAUUUAACCAAGGCCGUCCUACUUACCCUGCUGAGCCUCAGGCCAAGGUCACACUGAACAUCUGUUCAAGGUGUGCCAGGCUUCAAGGAGACAACCUGGAAGAAAGGACAGAAGAGUCACUACCAAUACUGCAUUCUCCAGAUGAAAAAAUCCCAGAUUCAUUCGAUUCCUUGCCUGGGACUGAAGAAGCACUAAUGGAGGAGGGUGACGAAUUUGAGAAAGCAUCUAAACUAACAGGACCUGGAGAAGCUUCCAGUGGAGUAGGACACUCACUGAAAAACUACAUGGAAGAAGAUGAAUCCUUAAAGCAACUGCAGGUAGUUCAUCAACCAUGGAUCUUGCCAAGUGACACAGAAAGUGAAGGAGUGGAAGCAGAACAAGAGAAACGUUCUGCUGAUCUUCUUCUUUGCGUUCCAUGCUCUUCUUGUCCUACACUGGUCUACUCUGGUUUGUGAAACAGACAGAAGAAGUUGCAAGUGGUCCUUAAAGAAAUGCAGUUAUUCAAAUCCUUAUGUAUAGUUCUAAUUUUAU